AUGCCGAAAUUAUGGAUAUUUUUGCUGCUUGCCCUGCUGCUUAACUGCUUGGAACUAUCAACAGCGCGUGGAGGUGGAGGCGGUGGAGGAGGAGGUCAUGGAGGUGGUGGUGGCGGUCACGGAGGUGGACAUGGUGGUGGCUUUGGUGGCGGACGUGGAGGCGGCUUUGGAGGAGGACGACCAGGCGGCUUUGGAGGCGGCAGACCUGGUGGCUUCGGCGGGCCACCUAGAGGAGGAUUCGGAGGACCGCCAAGAGGCGGCUAUGGUCGUCCAUAUGGCGGUGGCUAUGGUUAUGGUGGCUAUAGACCUUAUGGCUAUGGUGGAUUCGGAGUAUUACCUCUCCCGGUGCCAGUUCCCUAUCCAUGCAGACGUUACCCCUAUGACUACUAUUAUUACGACAGUUACUAUUGCUAA